AUGUUACGUAUAUUACACUACUUUCUAACACUUUGUGGUUUUCGUCACGUGUGUUUUAACUGUUCCUCGCCUUUUCCAAUUGCUCAUUUUAAUAAAUCGUGUGUGUAUCUCACCUGCUCGCACACACAAGUCAUUGAUUCUGGCUGGCCAUGUAGACAGCUUUAUUGUUUCCUCCACGACCACUUCCUUUCUAUUUACUGGUGGAGUCGCGAGGACUGGUUACAAUUCAGCGAGCACGAGCUGUUCGGUCAGUCGGAAGUCGCGCUGUUCUUGACGGGGGGCUGACGUGGUGUCACCCGCUGAACUCCUCAAGGGAUUCCAGUCAGUUAAAAACGGACUCUUUCAACUUUGUCCUUCAGUUGUAAGCAGGCAAGAAGACGACGGUGUGGACUCAUAAACUCCUCUGCUGAAUGCUGCUAGUAGUAGUACAACUGAUUUGUUGAUAGGGGGGAAAAGUAGUGAAGUUUAGGAAGACUUUUCGCCGAGUUGGUUGUGUGUGUUUUGGAACGAUUUUCGAGUGAGGUUUCCUUAGUUUCAACAAGUUGAAGCUUAUGACCGAACAUCACUGGACGAUGUGACACUGCUGGACUAGUCUGUUGAUGUGAUUGUUGUGACAGAAACAAUCUGUAUUUUUUUUUCACGAGGAUUUGGGGUGUUUUUUUGAACGCCACUUGUGAAGUCUUCACUUUUUUUGAGAGGGCAACCAAUUUUGGUCCCUCGGAACAACCAGCAAGAUGCUGCUUCAUUCAACAACUGACUCGUUCUUGAGCAAACUCUCCCCCCUCCUCCUUGUACUUUGCUCCUUGCCCCUGAGUGGGGUCCACUCACAGAUACCUGGGUAUGAAGUCCCGAGUGUUAGCUAUAACUUUGCCGGGGAUUUGGGCUUCGCUGCCCCUCAGCCUGCACCCGCCCCCGAAUCCGAAGAAACUGCCCCGCCUCCAAAUUCUGGCUCGUCACUAACUUUCGUCUUUGACAGUACUGGCUCAAUGUUUGACGAUUUAGUCCAAGUUAUAGAUGGAGCUGAAAAUAUUUUGAACACGGCUAUGUCUAGGAGGGAACAACCACUGAGGAAUUUUGGACUUGUGCCAUUCCACGAUCCUGACAUCGGGCCGGCCACCAUCACGACGGACCCGGACAAAUUCGUGGACAAACUCCGCAGUGUUUACGUGAGCGGGGGCGGAGACUGUCCGGAGGCGAGUAUAGGGGCCAUCCUCCAGGCCUUACAGAUGAGCUUACCGGGAUCCUUCAUCUAUGUCUUCACCGACGCUCGGUCCAAGGAUUACCACCUGGUCAACGAAGUCUUGAAAACCAUCCAAGAAAAGGAGAGUCAGGUUGUGUUUGUCAUGACGGGUGAUUGUGGUAACCAUUCUCACCCUGGUUUCAAAGCCUAUGAACAGAUCGCUGCUACCAGCUCAGGACAAGUCUUUCUUCUCAAUAAAUCGGAUGUGGAUGAGGUUCUGAAAUUCGUAGAAAUCUCCCUGCAGUCCAGGAAGGUCAACCUGAUUGGAACCAACCACGAAGAGGGCACCAUCACUGCCCACUCACUGCCCAUCGACUCACGCCUCAGCCAGAUCACGUUGUCUGUUAGCGGGACCAAUCCGUUCAUAGAGCUACACGAUCCUACAGGGAGAAAAAUAUCAGUUGGCGACCCAGGCGUAGAAAAACAACUGGAUUUAGAUAACGUUUAUAUAUUAAGUAUAAAAAACCCCAAGCCCGGCUUAUGGUACCUACGGGCCGGCGGCAGCGACGUGCACACGGUCCGUGUGACCGGCCUCAGCCAAUUAGAUUUCAGCUACGGAUUCUCCAAAAAGCCGACGUUGAAUAUUAACAUGACGUCACACCGGGCUCUUGUAGGGCUCGUCUACAACCUCCUGAUUGAGGGCAAGGAGCUCCUUCCUCCAGGCAUCUUCCGUCGUCUGGACUUCCUCGAUCUCCAAGGCAACACCAUUGCCACCUACCCCCUGACCGAGAUGGACCAAAUGAGGGCGCUGUACACCGUCUCCGACAUCAUCUCUCCGGAGGGGUUCUAUUACAUCCGUGUGAGCGGGGUUGACAAUGAGGGGUACGAGUUUCAGCGGAUCACCCCAACGGCACUCGAGAGCUUGAAACCUGACCCUCCUCGAGUCAAGAUGUCGCCAUGGACACCAGGUUACUAUGGCUCCACAUCGGUCAUCACGUGUAGCGUGGAGAGUCUGAUUCCGUUCAAUGUCUUCUGGACCAGGGACGGACAGGUCAUCAGUGAGCCAACUCAUUACAGUGAGACGGCCGAUGCCACCUAUGAAAUUCAGAACUCUGUGACUGCCAACGAGGGUUUCUAUGGCUGUAAUGCGACCAACGCAGAGGGAUCCAAACGAGCUGAAACUUACUUGGACAUCACCGAGGCCCCGCCCAUCCUGGCCACCCCCGAGAAUGUCACCGUCACGCCAGGUGAGAAUGCCAUCCUGUCCUGCAAAGUGGUCUUCAGUGCCGUGGAGUACAACAUGACCUGGGACAAGCCCAACUCCUUCGUCUCCUUGGCCAUCCACAAUCGCGUCUCUCAACUCCAGAACGGUUCCCUUCACAUUAGGGACAUCCAGUUGGGUGACUCGGGCCGGUAUCGCUGCAUUGCGGCCAAUGAAGGGGGGCCGUCUUAUGAAAGCGUCCACUUGUUUGUGCAAGAAAGGGCAGUGGCAAGAAUCUCCGGAGGCAAUUUGACCUUCACCAGCGGCCAGAACUUUUCCAUGACCUGCACGGCCACCGGCUUCCCUGUUCCUCAACUCACUUGGCUGAAAGACGGCCGAGAAUUGCCCACAAUUCCUGGCCUCAUCAUCGGUCCGGAGGGGAGACUGACGUUCAUCAACGCCAGCCCUGAUGUCCAGGGCAACUACACUUGUAUCGCGUCCAACAGUGCUGGAAUAUCUGGGAUGUUGUCUACAGUCAGUUACAUAGAGAAACCCACCAUCAACAUGCCCACCCACCACAAGCUCGCCACGCCCGGCGCCCUCUCAACCUUCCUGCACUGUCCCUCCACCGGUAUCCCGCCACCUAUGUUCACCUGGUUCAAGGACGGGUAUGACCUCAGCGCCAUGAGUUUCAUCACGGCUCACAGUAACGGAACGUUGGAGAUUCUGUCGGUGCAGAUCAUUGACAAAGGAGUGUAUACCUGUGUGGCUACCAACCCGGCCGGAAAUGACACAGCGUUUAUAACUCUGGACGUUGGAGCUCGUCCGACCAUCUUGACCAUACCAGCGGACAUCGGUGUCCAGUACGGCCAGAAUGUGACCAUGACGUGUAUGGCUCGAGGCACACCCCUACCGGUCGUUACGUGGAGGAGGGUGGGUGGUGUUCCCAUCGACAACAAUCCUCGUUUUCUUGUGCAGAGCAACGGAAACCUCAUCAUUAGAGACAUUAAUAUCGACGAUGCUGGGACGUACGUCUGUGAAGCGAUCAACGAGCAUGGACGAGAUGAAGUAUCUGCUCAAAUACGCAUCACUGGUCUGGUUCGUCCCGACAUUGCUGACAGCCCUGAUGUCUCUGAGAACAUUGGCACAUCUGUGACCCUUCCCUGUACCGCCAUCCUGGGCAACCCAACCCCUAAAAUCUACUGGUAUCGGGACGGUUCACUGAUCCGACAGGGAACCCACUAUCGCAUCAUGGAGGAUGGUGGUUUGGUGAUACGUCCGCUCAGACUCGAUGACGCUGGCAUGUAUAGGUGUGUGGCCAGUAACGUCGCGGGUAACGACACGUUGUGGACUCAAGUCACGGUCCAAGUGCCACCAACAAUCAACGAAACAGAAACCAGCUACUCUGUCAUCUACCGUGACUCCGUUGAGCUGUUCUGCCCAGCGGCCGGAUUUCCACGACCGACCGUCACAUGGUUUAAGAACGGCCUUCCAAUCUCCACCAAUGAGCUGAAUCAGUACAUCACGGACCAGGGCUCGCUCGUUAUUACGUUUGCCAAUGAAGAGGAUUCUGGGACGUAUACUUGCAUGGUGUCCAACAAGGCCGGAAGCACAGAACUGGAGAUAUCGCUCUAUGUUCUUUUGCCGCCGUCAAUCAGUGACCCGCCCUUAUCCCCUAACCUUGACGUCACCAUCGGUAGCACCAUUACCAUCGACUGUCAGUCGGAGGGUCUACCCCCACCCACCAUCCACUGGCUCCGUGACGGUACCCAGCUACGCAGCAGCGGUUCCAACUACGUCAUUGAUGCGUCGGGAUCGCUGACACUGCAACGAAUCUCCGUCAAUGACCAGGGACAAUAUGUCUGUGUCGCGUCCAACAUCGCCGGUAACUCCACCAAGACCAUUUAUCUUAACGUACAAGUACCUCCAAGUAUACAAGAGAGCGGUCCCAUCGACCUCACCGUACUAGCCGGGGACUCUAUCCAGCUAUCCUGUGAAGCAAUCGGCAUUCCCGCUCCCGAGGUCACAUGGCAGAAAGACGGCGUCCAACUCCGACGCAAUUCACAACUUGUCUUCUUGCCAUCAGGAACUCUACAGGUGCGCGAGGCCGACCAGUUGAAUACCGGUACCUACAUGUGUGUAGCCAGCAAUGCAGCCGGGUCUACGUCGAACGUCAUCACGCUGACCGUACACACGUUUCCAAACGUCACCAACUUUCAGAGCCUGUACGUCAUCAACCAGACACAAUCCGUCACGCUCCGGUGCCCCGCCACCGGUUACCCGCCACCUUCAGUCAUGUGGACUAAAGACGGCAUGCCCAUCUCGGAGAAUGACCUGGACCGAUCCAAGUAUGCCAUCGACGAGUCUGCUGGUACCCUGCAAAUCAUUGAUGCCAAGUAUAUGGAUUCUGGAACCUACGAGUGUCUGAUUACCAACGUGGCCGGUGGGAUAUCCAAACAGAUCACAUUGACCGUCAACGUUCCUCCAAGUACUGACGGCGACGGCGAUACCCCCACCCUUCAAGUCACCCUGGACCAGUCCAUCUCCCUUCAGUGUGACGUCAUCAGUUACCCGCCGCCUGAAUACACCUGGCUGAAGAACGGCCGUCCCCUACCGGCUGAUCUACGACACGUCAUCAGGCAGGACGGAACACUUGCUCUGUCCUCCCUGAGAUUGAUUGACAGCGGAACGUACACCUGCAUCGCUAGUAACGUCGCUGGACGCACCAACAUCGUCUACCGACUACAAAUUAUCUCGCCCCCGUCAAUCGCACCAGGCUCGACCGAACUGACCUCGGAGUCCGGCCGAACCAUUGAGCUCUCCUGCGAAGUGGACGGUAUCCCGACUCCCAUGGUCCAGUGGCACAAGCACGGCGUACCCCUGGACAUAGACAACGAUCCCAGAAUAAAUAGACUGGUGGCCGGCUCUCUCAGGAUCCAAGGUGUGAUAGAAGAGGAUAGCGGAGAGUAUGAAUGCUAUGCCAUCAAUGCUGCUGGAUCCGCAUCCAGAAUUAUCAAUCUGAAUGUCAGAGUUUCCCCCACCAUCCUUGAGACACCGAGGCUGUACACGGUCAAGGUUCGUUUCCCGGUCACCCUCCUGUGUCCCGUCACCGGUACCCCGCAGCCUGAGAUCACCUGGCUCAAGAACGGCGAAGAGAUCGAGGAUAUUCGCUACUUUAAAACUCCAGAGGGCUCCCUCCGUAUCGCAUCCACAGUUCGGGAUGACGAUGCUGUCUUCACGUGUGUCGCUAAGAACGAGGCCGGGACUACCUACAGGGACUUCCGAUUGACUAUUUAUGUUCCUCCUUAUGACCUGACCAUCGCUCCCGAGAUGUACGACGUCUUCUUAAAUGACCGCGUCUCCCUGGCCUGCAUCAUCGACAGCUUCCCGCCCCCCACUAUCGUCUGGAAGAAAAACGGGGAGGAGCUGGUCAUCGACGGAGAGGACUACAUCCAGAUGGAGCAUUCCUUGGAGAUUCCUAAGGCUAAAGUGGCUAACUCCGGCAUCUACGAGUGUGUGGCGACUAACGUGGCUGGCAAUACUACCAGGAGUAUGACUGUGCAUGUUAUGGUCCCACCACGUAUCGGCGCGGGGCCCUCCAUCAUCAAAGCUUUCCCCGGUCAUUCUAUCACCCUCCCCUGUGAAGCCGUGGGCAUCCCUGCCCCCGUCCACACCUGGGAGAAAGCUGGACGGCUUCUAGAUCUUGAAGACACUCGGAUUGUUCAACUGUUCUCUGGGUCCCUAGCCAUCGAUAAUUUGCAGCUGACUGACGCUGGGACGUAUCUGUGUCUGGUGCAGAACGACGCUGGCUCUGACACGAAAGAAAUCAGAGUCGAAGUUCAGAUUGCACCGGUCAUCAUCCUGGACCAACCCAACACGCUGGAGCGACGAAUCAACAGCGAAGUCAAGAUUGACUGUAAGGCGUACGGUACCCCGCUCCCCGAGAUCAGCUGGUACAAAGACGGACGUAAGAUCCGUCAGUAUGAGAACGGUUUCACCAUCUUACCCAACGGGACCUUACUGAUCUCUAAUCUACAACCUAACGACGAUGGAUUGUAUGAAUGCUGGGCCAUGAGCGAGAGUGGGAAUGCAACUCUAGAAGUCUCCAUAGAUACGCAAAUGAGACCCCACAUUGAAGGCGAGAACACCAUCUACCAACCACAGACAAUCUCAGUCAGCCAGUACGAAAACGUCUACCUCCACUGUAACGUAACAGUGGCUCAUCCAGAGGCGACCAUCCAAUGGUACAGGGAUGGUAGGAUCAUCACUAGCAGAGGGGAUAUGGGAAUACAGGUUGGCAUGGGCGGAGCACGGCUGAGUAUUCCGUCGAUACAGGAGGCGGAUGCCGGCAUGUAUCAAUGCGUGGCUACUAACAGGAUUGGAGAUAGUAGUAAACACUUCCAUGUCAACGUUCACGUCCUGCCAGUCAUCAACAGCCUCCGUUACGAGGAGCUCAUCGUCAGCGCCGGCGAAUCAGUCCGCAUCCCCUGCGAAGCCACGGGUUACCCCACCCCCCGCAUCGCUUGGAGGUUCGAGGACCGUCCCGUCUCUGGCCAGAACCUCCGCUAUAACAUCCACCCUGACGGAACGUUAGAGAUUCCCUCUGUGUUUGUCUGGGAUCAAGGACGUUACAUGUGCACUGCCAAGAGUGUCGCUGGGAACGCUUCAAGAGUUGUUGACGUGAGAGUCAUGGUCCAUCCCACAAUCACUCAAGUCCAGACCUCCCUGACGCGCAUCGAAGGCUCCUCCGUUGUCCUCCCUUGCGAGUCGGCCGGCGUACCGGAACCCACCGUGACUUGGGAGAAAGACGGAGUGGCCUUAGAUCCCGACGAGGAUCCCGACAUGGAGAUGAUGUUCACUGGAUCCUUGAGACUGACCCACGUGAAUGCCUCGGACGCUGGACUGUAUCGGUGUAUCGCCAAGAACGACGCCGGCUAUGCUUCCAUCUCAAUGACAUUCAUCGUACAGACUCCUCCCGUACAUGACCCGUUCACCCCAAAGAACGUCACCACUGUCGCCUCCAACGAUGCUAUCAUCCCAUGUAAGAUGACCGGUAAUCCCAAGCCGCGCAUCCGCUGGUUCAAGAACAAUCGUCCGGUCUCGGUCAAUCGUGGCAAGUAUCGGCAGCUUCCCGACGGCUCGCUGCUGAUACGCAGCGUGCGGGCCAUGGACAGCGGGCGAUACAUGUGUGUCGGUGAAAACGGCGUCGGGGUGAAAUCCAACAGCGUCGAUCUGGUUGUGCCCAUUCCGCCUCGCAUCCCCAACUCCGGCACCCCAACUGAAUACCCAGUCUCGGAGCUAAUGCCCAUAGAUCUCCAGUGUUUCAUCACGGACGCCUACCCACCACCCCUCAUCAUGUGGUUCAAAGGCCGCGAACUCUUGACCGAUAACGACGUCGGCAUCACUAUCGAUAACGACGUCUUGCACAUCGAUGCCAUCAGAAUCGAGGAUGCUGGAGAGUACAGCUGUCUGGCCUUCAACUUGGCCGGGAAUGCGACAAAGACUUGGAACAUUGAUGUGCAAACUCACCCCCGCAUCGUUGGAGAUUCCAUCAUCCGUGUGACCGUUCACCAAGACGCCCAGAUCUCCUUGCCCUGUUCCGUCGAGGCGACCCCAGCUCCCUGGAUAGAAUGGGAGAAAGACGGUGAAAUCCUGCCCGCCAAUGUCCCCAGUCGAGAAAUUGGCGGCUUUUUCACAUUAGAGAUACCGGACGCCAAGAGAAGCAACAGUGGUAUCUAUAGAUGUCACGCUCGGAACUGGGCCGGUAAUGCCUCCAUCAUCUUCAUCGUUGAAGUGCAGGUCCCACCUGUGAUUGAAGACCCCUUGAAGGAGGUCAUCGCCGUCGGCCUGGGUCAAUCCGUCGUCAUUCCUUGCCGAGCGUCGGGCUUCCCUCCUCCAGACAUCUCCUGGCAGAAGAACUAUCAAGACAUCCCCAAGAACAGCCUGGCCAUGAGAGUCAUGCUGGACGGCUCCUUGGUCAUCAACAGCACCAGGGUAGGGGAUACUGGUCAGUACGCUUGCCUGGCCAACAGCGUGGCUGGAUUCCAGAUGAGAGAGGUCACUCUUAAGGUCCAAGAGGCGCCAUACAUCCCUCGCCCCCAACUGACAGCAGAAACCCCCAGGUACGGAUCCGUCGUACUUCUGACCUGCCCCGUCACCGGUACCCCGCAACCGGAUAUCAUGUGGUUGAAGGACGGCAUACCAGUUGAUCCGUAUGAGACCGAGAUAUUCGAUAACGGCACGCUGAUACUUAGGGACAUCCGGGGAAGCGACACUGGGACGUAUGAGUGUAUCGCUGUCAACGAAGUGGGCAAUUUCAGCAUUUUCAUUGAUGUCACUGUCCACGUUGAGCCAGAGAUCAGCAACUCGUCCUCCAUCACCCUCCUCACAGUUCUCCUCAACCAACGUAUGGACAUGUUCUGCGAGAUCCUGAACUCCGUACCCCCGGCAACCAUCGUGUGGUACAAGAACGGGGAACCGCUACCCAACCAAGACCCUAACUUCUUCACCCAAGCCGACAACCAAGUCUUGACGUUUAGUAGCAUUCAGACGGCUGAUUCGGGGACCUACGAAUGCCGUGCCACUAACAAGGCCGGCAGCACCAAGAAAAUAUUCAAUGUCGAAGUCCAAGUUCUACCAGUCAUCGACAGCUCCGGCCCCAUCGACCCCAUCUCAAUCACCGUCACCCAAGACAGAUCCGUGGACCUACCCUGCUACGCUAGCGGUAACCCACAACCCACCAUCACCUGGUACAAGCAGGGCCAGCGGGUUACCCAUAAUACACCUGGUGUCCGGGUCAGUCGGGACGGGACGACACUUAGCAUCAGCCGAGCUAGCGUCAUCCAUGCUGGGCAGUUCACGUGUGUAGCGUCGAGCGGUAUUGGGAACGCUACCAAGGUCUUUGUCAUUGGAGUUCAUGUCCCACCAGAGAUAGACAACGCUGAGUUCCUUCACAACAUCACCGUUAUACAGAACAACAGAGUCCUUCUGGAGUGUCCUACUAUCGCUAUUCCUGUCGCAAACAUCCAGUGGUUUAAAGACAAUCAACUCAUGGCCAGGUCACAGAAUAACAUCAUCAUCCGAGAUGGUGGCAUGGUGUUGGAGAUCCGAGAUGCACAACAACUGAAUGAUGGACGAUACCACUGUGUAGCUACCAACAUUGUCGGGGAAAGUGCCAAAUACUUUGACCUGAAAGUCCAUGUUCCCCCGCAGCCAGUUAUCGUUGCUAGUCGUAACAGCUCAGUGGACACCGGUGGGUCAGUCACGUUGGAUUGUGGGAGUGAUGGCUACCCACCACCAACGAUCACAUGGAAGAAAAAUGGCGUGUUUAUAUCCCCAGCCAGCUCAAGGUACCAGUUGUCCUCGGGCAGUCUCCAUAUACCACAGGUCAGUGUUGCUGACAUGGGAUACUAUGAGUGCUUCGUCUCAAACGUCGCUGGCAACUUCACCAAAUCAUUCACCAUAGAAGUCUUGGUUUCGCCAAGCAUCGAGCCCGUCCCAGACACCAUCUCCGUCAGCUUGGGUCGUCCCGUCCGGAUCCCGUGCUCCACCUCUGGCAAUCCUCGUCCGACCAUCACCUGGCAGAAGAACAAUCGCAUCUUGACCCUCGACAUGGGUUACACCAUUCUAGACAACGGGAUGCUGAUGAUUGACAGCUCGGAGAUGAGUCACGCUGGGCGGUACAUCUGUACCGCUCGGAGUAAGGCGGGAUCAUCUGUACUCAGGGUGGACCUGCAAGUUCAAGUGUCACCGUCCAUUGACGGACCGGCGUUCACCGAGCACUCGGUCACCGAGGAAGACCAGAUCACUCUAUCAUGCGAGGUCACUGGUAUCCCGCCUCCUGUCAUACGUUGGAUCCAUAACAGUCAGGAGAUCACCGGCAACGGUUUCCAUUACAACAUCCUACCCAGCGGCUCGCUGCAGAUACCGGUAGUCCGUCGCGAGGACCAGGGAUUGUAUGUCUGCUUUGCGGAUAACGGAGUCGGUAUUGCUCAGAUACAACGAUAUCUUGAGGUCAAAGUUCCCCCGAGCCCCAGACCUCGUCAACCCACAGACUUGUCCGUCAAUCUCGGUAACGUUGCUCGUCUCUCCUGCAUCGUCGAUGCCUUCCCUCCUCCUGUCAUCACCUGGGAGAAAGACGGAGAACCCAUCGAUACCUCAAGACGUCUGGCCAUUGAAGAUGACGGCACUCUGGUCAUUGAGCAAGUACAAGAAAGUGAUAGCGGUCAAUACGUCUGCACAGCUACCAACGUGGUGGGACACGCAACAAGAACAGUUGUACUGGCCAUACAUGUCGGUCCACGUUUCGUCAGUUUCCCCAACGACAUUGAGCUGGGCACCAGGGAUCGGUUAGAGCUGGUCUGCGAGGCCCAGGGUUACCCUCCUCCAGACAUCUCCUGGUACAUCAACGGAACGAAGACAGUCAGCCCGCCCACCAUCAACGGCAGAAGCACCUAUGUGAUUGACAACAUCAGCAAGAAGGACGAAGGAACGUACAAAUGCUCAGCCGACAACCAGCUGGGAAGCCGCACCGCGACGGCGUAUGUUACCGUCAGAGUUCCACCGAGUAUUUCCGUGUCUACAGAUGAUAAGGAUGUCCGCGUGGGCGACAUCACCGUCUUAGAUUGUGCCUCGGCAGGCGACCCACCACCUGAAGUGGUCUGGCUGAAGGGGAACAAGGUCGUCAGUUACGAUAACCGGGUCCAGAAAGCUCCAAACGGUUCACUUAUCAUCUAUAGAACACGGGCUCAGGAUGCUGGUCAGUACAUUUGCCGAGUCUACAACAGGUUUGGGAGCGACACUGUCGCAGCACUCAUAGCUGUGCAAAGGAAACCAACGUUCGUGGUUGAGCCCAUGAACACCACAUCUGACCAGGGCUCCACGGUCAAACUGGACUGUCUAGUAGAAGGAGAACCCAAACCGUCGGUCAGUUGGCUCAAGGAUGGCUACUUAGUGGCCAGUCAAGGAAUAUCCAUCUUGCCCAAUAAGACAUUGCUUAUUGUGGCUGCUAAGCGUGAAGAUACCGGUCGCUACGUGUGUCAAGCAACUAACUCUUUGGGUCCGCAAUCGGUGGCUGUGUUUGUGACGAUCAGAGUGCAUGGACAGUUUUCGGAAUGGGAGCCUUGGGGCGAGUGUAGUAAAACGUGCGGUGAGGGUGCGUACCAACGACGUACCAGACAAUGCAACAAUCCAGCCCCGGCCAAUAACGGUAGACAGUGUUCAGGGCCGUCAACCGAUAACAGAGACUGUAGCCUCCCAAUGUGUCCUAUCGAUGGUGGAUGGAGCAGUUGGCAACCGUGGGGUGAGUGUUCAGUCACAUGCGGUAGCGGGAUUCGAACCCGGGUACGUUACUGUGAUAACCCACCACCACAGUACAACGGACGAGGGUGCGAUGGGGCGCCGAGCCAACAAGCCGAGUGCGUCGUGAGGAACUGCCCAGUGGAUGGGAAGUACGGCCCAUGGACUAACUGGCAGCCGUGUAGUGCGACAUGCGGCAACGGUGAGCAGAUCCGAACCAGACAGUGUAACAACCCGCCGCCUUCCAACUUUGGCCGUGAUUGCUUGGGACCGGCCGAGCACAAGAGAAUGUGUUCAGAGAGGGACUGCCCAGUUGAUGGGCGUUGGAACAACUGGUCACCAUGGACGACCUGCUCACGUUCCUGCAACGGGGGACUGCGGACGAGAUCCCGUACCUGCCAGGCACCGCAGAACAACGGCCGAGAAUGUGCGGGGAAUAACAUCGAACAAGACAUUUGCAAUGUUGAACGCUGCCCAAUCCAUGGUAACUGGUCCCCCUGGGAGGCCUGGACCAGCUGUAGUGCAUCAUGCGAUGGUGGGCGCCAGUAUCGAUUCCGUUCCUGUUCGCGUCCUGCUCCUCAGUACAAUGGCAGACGCUGCCCCGGCAAGGCUCAAGAAGUUAGAACUUGUAACCAGGAGGAAUGCAGACGAAAUGGUAACUGGAGUCCAUGGUCUGCCUGGGGUCCCUGUUCACAGACAUGCGGCGAUAGCGAGAGCGUCAGAGAACAUACAUGCGACAAUCCGGCCCCUGCUAAUGGCGGUCUGCCGUGUGUUGGUCCUCGGACACAAAUAAGGAAGUGUAACGUCCCGUCUUGCAUAGGAGGACCGAUCCAGGCUGUCGCCGACGUCUCUGGUAACAUCAACGGGGAGCAGUUUGGCACGACUCUGCUCAUCGCUAACGUGUCGUCUGAGACCAGAGGCUACAGUCUGGUCUCGGCAAGGAUGUACAACAUACCAGGCACUGUGGGUUACGCUCUUCGCUAUCUGAUCUCCCUGAUCUCCCCUAUCUACUGGACCAGCGCCUACGAACUCGGCGAUGCGAUCAACGGCUACACGCUCACCAAGGGAACAUUUGAACGAGAAACGGAAGUUGUCUUCGGAUCAGGAGAAACGAUGCAAAUCCAAUAUCGGGUGACUGGGGUAGACGCUGACGGCAUCCUCAGACUCAGCGUAGUCGUCAGCGGCGAGGUUCCCGAGUUCUACGAAGACGACGAAGUCAUCUUCUUCCCUUACGACGAGGACUACAUCCAGACCGGUCCCGGCGAGAUCUUUGCUCAGUCCACUCGGGUCUUUACAGUGAAUGGUAUUCCAAUCCCUUACGCCUGGAAGCAUCUGAUAAAUUAUGACCAGGCCGGUGUUAGCAUGCCGUUCUUGGUGGAGACAUUGAAGGCGAGAGGACUGCAGGGCACCUUUAACCCUCUGGAGCAAAUGAUGGAGUACGGCGUGCAGGUCUCCAUACAAGAAGGAAGCCCCAGUAAUCAGUGUCCUCAAGGAUUCUACUUUGACCAAUCAGGUCCUUACUGCAGAGAUGAGGAUGAGUGUGCACAGAGUGGAACAUGUCACCACCGAUGUGAGAACACCCACGGUAGCUAUCAGUGCUCCUGCAUCAAAGGUUACAAGUUGGAUCUCAACAACAGAUGCACAGACAUUAAUGAAUGUGAGGCCACGCCCAACCUCUGCUCGGCCAAUCAGGACUGUCAGAACAUUGCCGGGGGUCAUGUCUGCUUGACCAAAUGCCGAAUUGGUUACCAGCGACUGCCAACGGGACUAACCUGUGACGAUGUGAAUGAGUGUGAGGAGAACGUAGGCCUGUGUGAUCAUCAAUGUCAGAACACCUUGGGUAGCUACAGAUGCAGCUGUAACCGUGGUUUUGAACCUAGAGGAAGCGCAUGUGUAGACAUUGAUGAAUGUGAGCGUCCCAAUGCAUGUGCAUCCCGAGAUCAACAAUGCACCAACACGCGAGGAAGCUUCACCUGUAUCACGGUCUGUCAGAGUGGAUUUGAACGAGCUCCAAACGGAUCAUGCGCUGAUAUCAACGAGUGUUCAAAUCCUAUUUUGAAUCGUUGUUCUCGCAUUCAGACCUGUCAGAACACUUACGGUGGCUACGCUUGCCUCUGUCCUAGAGGCUACAGGAGUGAUCGUCAGACCAGUAUAUGCCUCGAUAUUAACGAGUGUCACGAUAGUCCCUGCAGCUACGAGUGUCGAAACACAAAAGGCAGCUACGAGUGCAUCUGUCCGGAGGGCAUGCUGCGGUUGAUGGAUCGUAAGACCUGCGUUGGCCGGGCAACGCGACCAAACACUGGCCAGUUGAUUAACGAGAAGUCCUGCCCACUGGGUUACCAGCUUAUCAAAAAUGUGUGCACCGAUGUGGACGAAUGUCAGAAGGGACGUGAGCGAGGCCACAGUUUCUGCCAAGGGACCUGUGAGAAUACCGCUGGCAGUUAUCGAUGCUCGUGCCCCAACGGUUACGUCAUGAGUGAGGACCAGUUUAACUGUGAAGACGUCAACGAGUGUGAAGCGAACCGAUGCGGGCGCGACAGAAUGUGCUUCAACACGUUGGGAAGCUACGAGUGUGUCUACGUCCCCUGUCCAAGGUUCUAUCGGAGAGCUGAACUACAACUGGCUGCAGGAACGCAGUUCAGUUGCAUUAAAGAGUGUCCGAAGAAUAUGCCAGACUGUUACGAUCUUGAAGAUUCCAUCCGAUACAAGACCUUCGCUCUGGCCAGGGACUCCAGUCUGGGCUGGCCUACCAGAGAUUUGUUCUUAAUGGAAGUCAUCAAUACCAUUGACGGCAGGGCUGAGGAUAACGUCUACUUCACCAUCAUUGACGUCAGAGGAUCACAAGAAUACUGCAAUUGCAUCAUGCCUUUCAGAAUACGUCGGGAAAACGGCAAGACGUUCGUGGCGACUACCUCCACAUUGGAUGAGCCUAAACAAUACAAGUUGACAGUCAAAGCCUCGGUCUACGAUGCGCGUAACGUCUUCCAGUAUGCCUCAAGACACAUCAUCUUCAUCUCAGUGUCUGCGUAUCCUUACUAAGCAUGAAGCUAGGGGGCGCUGUUCAUAAGUCUUCCAAAUGUAACAGCUACAAUUGUGAGCCUUGGAAAUAUUUUUUUUAUUAAUGGCGUUACCUCAGAUAGAGACUUUCAUCCAAAAGAUCAGAUGACAAUUGAUACCCCAACUCUACAGUCUGUUUUUAACAAAAAUCUACAAUCUGUCUGUUAGAUUUGUCUGUUAGAUAUUAUUCUUGACUAAAAUUGUUUUUAUAUAUACAAAAAAAAUUGUGUAUAAUUACUACAUAUGCUAUUAAUUUGUUUGCGUGCGAGCUGCCAUUUUUGGUACAUGUUUUUUUACACAAUUAUCAAGUAGAUAUUUUAUGAAAGUAUUUUUUGGUGUCAAAAGUAUUUUUAUUAUCGCUUCAAACCUUUCUUGUAAACGCUUGAUUAUGAGAAAAGUUUGAAAAAAUAUUUUGUUACAAAAACUGAAGUUGUAAAUGUUCACCCGCUAUCAUUAAAACUUUUAGUAACAUACUUUUAUAAAAAUGUUACUUCUCAUUUAAAAAAAUAUCUAGAAUUUAUAAAAAAUAAAAAUCUACAUGUUUUCUAGACUUUACGUUGAUUUUUGAUAUGUUAAUUUGACCAAUAAAGGGCUUACCAGUGGGGGAUUUUUUUAUAAACAAAAUGUAGGGACGGCCUAGUAGGUUUGUUCUAUCCAAGUGUUUGUUCACGUUUUUGAGAAAACACUUUCAAAUUAUUGCCCUGUUAAGGUCUUCCGAUAGUAUGGUAAGGGAAUGUCGCAAAAGUCGGAACGUUCCCGUUCCGUAUGUAACGCGGUGUGUUCCCAUCGUGUUCCCAACAUGAAUAGGCCAUUCCUGAGUAAGCGUACAUGCGCGUAGAUCAUAGCUGCAGGCAUGCAACUUUUCCUCGGAUCCGCUGAUU